ACAUCAAGGAGCACGUGAAGCAGCUGGAAAAGGCCGUGUCGGGGAAGGAGCCGCGCUACGUCCUGCGUGCCCUGCGGGCUCUGCCCUCCACCUCCCGCCGGCUCAACUCCAACGUGCUCCACAAAGCCAUCACCGGCUUCUUCACCUCCAACACCGCCGUGCGAGACUUCCUCCUCGGCUUCCUGGAGGAGUCCAUGGACACGGAAGCUGAGCUGCAGUUUCGCCCACGGACGGGGAAGGCGGCUUCAGCCCCUCUCUUGCCAGAAGUGGAGACCUACCUCCAACUGCUGCUCGUCAUCUACCUGAUGAACAGCAAGCGAUACCCGGAGGCUCAGAAAGUGUCCGACGACCUGAUGCAGAAGAUCAGUUCCCAAAACCGCCGAGCCCUUGACCUGGUGGUGGCAAAAUGUUACUACUACCACUCCCGCAUCUACGAAUUCCUGAAUAAACUCGACGUGGUCAGGAGCUUCCUGCACGCCCGGCUACGGACGGCCACGCUGCGGCACGACGCGGACGGGCAGGCCACCCUCCUCAACCUGCUGCUGAGGAACUAUCUCCACUACAACCUCUACGACCAAGCAGAAAAACUCGUCUCCAAAUCCGUGUUCCCCGAGCAGGCCAACAACAACGAGUGGGCUCGGUACCUCUAUUACACAG